UAUCUCAAAAUGUGGUUAAUUUUGUCAACCAUUUGUAUCGGACUAGUAUUGUGGUUCAUUCUCAAAGAGCAUAAUAAAGACUAUUGGAAAAAACGCAAUGUUGUGCAGCUAAACGAUUUGUAUCUGAAAUUCAUGUUUGGCGACCGUUCUUUUGGCGAAAUAUUCAAAGAGGUUUACGACAACCAUCCAAAUGAACUACACGUCGGGUCCUUUCUGAUGAUGAAGCCAGCACUUGUCUUGCGAAACAUUCAAAACAUUCAAGCAGUCCUAACUACAGACUUCGAAAACUUUCACAGUCGUGGAAGUGAUUUAAAUGACAAUGAUCUCUUAGGAGACAAUAUUCUAUUUAUUUCUGACUACCAACGCUGGAAAACUAUACGACAGAAAAUGACGCCCAUUUUCACUAGCUCUAAACUGAAGAGUAUGACAAGUGUAAUUGAAAAAUGUGCUUGCGAUUUCACUGAAAUGGUAAAACAAAAUAAGGAAUUGAGGGAUAAGCCAUUUAGUGCUAUAUACACUUACACUACAGCUUCUAUUGGCGCUUCAGUUUGUGGUAUCGAUACGCAAGUUAAAAGUACAAUGCAAUCGCCUUUUCUUCAAAUGAGUUGGAAAGCUGUGGAACCGUCGGUAAAGGCUAAUCUAAAGUUUGCCACAGCUAUUUUAUCUAAAAAACUAUUCAAGCUUCUUAAACUCAGAAUAUUCGGUGAACAUGAAGAUUUCUUUAUUGGAGCCAUGAAAAGGGUUAUAGCGGCGCGCAAACAAAGUCCACAACAAAUUAAUGAUUUCAUAGGCUUGUGUGUCGAACUUCAAAAAGCUGGACCUAUGAAGGACAAGUCGAAUGACUACGAGUUGGAACCUACAGACGAGUUGUUGGCAGCCCAAGCAUUUUUCUUCUUUUUGGCUGGCGCGGACACUGGAGCAAACACCAUGCAUUUUACUCUACUGGAACUGUCCAGCAAUCCAGAUGUUUUGCAAAGAUUACACGAAGAAAUAGAUAGAGUGUUCGAAGAAACGAAUGGGCGCAUAACUUACGAAGUUGUGGACAAAUUAGUUUAUUUAAAUAUGAUCAUUAAUGAAGCGAUGAGAAAGUAUCCAUUGAUUAGUUCUUUCCAAAGGGAAUGUGCUAGAGAUACGGUUCUACCUGUUGGUAACUUGAGAGUAGAAAAGGGAGUUUUGAUGGUUAUACCAGUGUUCGCUAUACACAGGGAUGAGAAAUUGUUCCCCAAUCCUGAGAAGUUUGACCCAGAGAGAUUUGCCCCGGAGAAUGCUGCAAAUUUCCCGAAGUUUGGCUAUAUGCCAUUUGGGGAGGGGAAAAGAACAUGCAUAGGUUCUAGGUACGCUCGCAUUCAAGUUGUGACAGGGUUAGCGUUUUUGCUGCGUUCAUUUACGCUAAAACCUCAAAAAUAUGAUCCGAAGCGUUUUGAGAAGAGCCCCUUCAGCACAAGAGACACUGAAGCGAAGUACGAGCUGGUGCUAAGAGAAAAUGUCAUGUGAUGAAGGAAUUGUAAACAUAAAGAAGAAGCGCACAAAGAAGAUAAGGGUUUGACAGAGAAUGUGCACUUCGCAAAAUGAGCACUUCGUAAAAUGAGCACUUCCCAAAAUGCACCAUUUCUUUAUAAGUUGAAGAGUACUAAUAUAAAGGCUGAUGAGUACUACU